GUGGAUCAAUACGCCGUUAACGUUUCGCCAGACAGCGUGCGAACAGAGUUUCUCCUUCGUGCUCGUCUAUUUUCUAUCGAGGAACAGAGCCAUAAGAGAUAAGAGUGUCAAUAGACAGUGUCACAGUGAUUCCUCCCGUUUUUGAGCAUCAUUUACCAUAGUCACGGUCGAUGAUUCGUCUAUUCACAACCGAGCAGAACCCUCUGCGACUUCCCCCCGGCUACAAAAACGCGUUCUCCCUUCGUGUUCCUAGCUGUCAAAACAUGACAGUCGACGGACAGGUAGUGUCAUCGGCGAAGGAAACGCUCGUCGAUGGGAUUUGCGAUUGACAGUGGUGAUCUAGUGUCCAGUGACGACGAUGGAACUGUUAAAAAUGUGUCUUAUGAGGCUGUUCGGAUCGUUGAAGCAUCCACGAAGUAAUUGCUGAAUCAGGAAGCUCCGAUUUUUGGGGACACACCGAUGGCUGGGCCCUAGAUUAACCCUGAGGAUCUAUUUGUUCUACGGAUCGUGACCGAUAUGCAUUUCUCAUACUUUUUCCCCAAGAUAGUCUGCACGACCAAUCUGCGGUGCUUCCGGUACCUCCGUUGGACCGUCCUGGUGCCCCUGGUUAUUUACUUUUCCCUCCUGUUCGUCAAGUACCGCAAGAAUGUGCCUCUGAAGAGCCUAACCGCGGCAUCGACCGAAAAGGACAGCGAGGGCGUCAUGAUCGAGAAUCUGUUCGUCGAGUUGGAAGCGGUGACGGUCGACAAAAAGGAUCUAGAGCGUUACAGGGGCAUGGGCAUCGAUCUCAGGGACGAGCAGAGCAUAAAGGAGACGGAGGAAGCGGAGAAUCGCGAGAGCCCGAGAACACUGCUCGAGGACAUAUUUCAAAGGGCUGACGCUGACAAGGAUCAGCUGUUGGACAUCCAGGAACUGGCCAAAUGGAUCUACCUCAAGAUCACUCAACACCUCAGUCGCGCUAUGUACGAGAACGUCGUCCUAUUUAGGGCGAUCGAUAAAAAUCCACAAAAUGGCGAGGUGUCGUGGGAGGAGUAUCACGCGUACUUUCUACGAUCCCACGGGUUUCCCGAGAGCUAUGUCAAUUCGCACGAUAAGAAGCACAGCGACAUGUCGCGAACUAUGAAAGAGAGCAUCAUGAGGGACAGAGCAAGAUGGUCAGGGGCCGCCAGAAACGACCCGGAGAGGCUGGCUCUGGACGAGUUCCUGGCAUUCACGCAUCCCGAGUGCAGUCACAGAGCUCUUUUGCAAAUGGUGGAGGACCUGUUCGAAAAAUUUGAUCGUGACGGAGACGAGCAACUGACGGAAGACGAAUUUUCGAGUUUUCCCUUCGAAGGAAUGGGUUUGGAUUUGAGGGAGGAUAAACACGAGGCUGCGAGCGGAAGCGAGGAAAGGCGACAGGAGUUUCGACAUCUUAUAGACCAGGACAAAAACGGGAAGGCGGAUCGAAGAGAACUUUCUAUGUAUAUAGAUCCAAUCAAUCCAAGGCACGCCAUUCAGGAAGCUCGACACCUAAUUAAUCUGUCGGACACGAAUCUCGAUGGGAAGCUGAAUCUUUCGGAGAUUCUGAACAAAAUGGACUUAUUUCUGGGCAGCAAAAUGGUGGACACCGAAAGAAGUUUCCACGAUGAAUUUUGAUAAUUCGGUAAAAGGAGAGAACUAAUUGAAAACGAAAGGCUGAGAAACGAUAUUUCCUAUCAUAUUUUGUAGAGAAGAAUGGUACCCCUUUUGUAAUAAAAAUUGGGCAUUUAUUUUAAUACUAUUUAACGAAGAGUUCCGUGAAAUAUCGAAUAGCAUUCGAACGGAGAAAAUCGACGAUAAAUAGUUAAAGUGUCCAAUUGUGGUUUCUUUAAAUCCUUUUUUUUAUAAAGAAGGUCCACUAUCGCUAAAGCAGACAAUAUUUAAUGGCUCAAUGGAACGACGAUCUUUCUCGAGAUGAGUUUAUAAAAUCACUUAAUCUCUUAUAAAAACACAUGGAAACAUUUUUUUAUUACGGAACAAAUUUUUCUUCUACUUUUUCUGUAUUUCUAGCAUAACGUUGUACACUUCUGCCAAGACAAACAAUUACUUUCUUGCAUUUUACAAGACAUUUAUUUGUCCAUAUUACACACGCAUCGAUUCGUUCGAUUAAAUAUAAGGAAUUGGUUAAAUUGUAAGUGAUACUCUUGUUUAGCAAUAACAGGAAAGUAAUAUUGUCACGAAUAUAAUUAUUGUUUCAAAUUUAAAAGAAUAAUAAAAUGUUAGUUUCCCUCGAUUAUACUUUCGAAUUGAAAUAUUUACACAACUAUUCUUUUAGGGACGAAAGAUCGUCAAUAUUACUUUCCAUGUAUAAUAUUUUUUAAAACGCGUCUGUGAUAGUCUUUGUGACGUAGAAUAUUAUUUAUUUGCCUGCAAUUCGUAGGACUGAGAUACAAUGAUCGAUAAGUGUUCGUUUGUACAAUUUCAUAUUAAUUUUGUCCUCGGUAGAUGUUACUUUCAUUACACGAUAGAUACGACGAAUACUCUGUUCAUAAAUGUCAAAUUAAAUCACUUAGGACCGAGUUCUACCAUGGAAGUAUAGACUGAAAGAAACAAUUUUUAUUCUAUUAUUAAAUUAUCAGAAUAUGAAAUGCCUUUGUCAAAAUAACUUCUUAGUAACGAGAAGGAAACGUUAAAAUUGAAAGAAAAAUGAAAUCAGGCAUACGAGUUAUCCUGAAAUAAAUAGUAGCUAGAAAACAUGGCUUCUAUAACGUUCGGAUAUUUGUUUAAACAAUGGCAAAAAGGGUGAACAAUGAUCAAAUUCUCGAAUCCGUCCUUUCAAUGGAUUUUUACUUUUUCUACUGUCUUUCUGUCGGCUAUAAUAUCGAUAAAAUUCUAUUGACUACUUGAGCGUAUAUUAGAAACUGUUUCGACUGAAAUUUAAUAGGAGAAAAAGGAAUAAUUUUUUAGGAGGAAAAUGAUCAAUGUUCCUUUUCGAAAGCAUUUGUACCUUGUAACACAUUUUUGUACCGUUCACUGUCACAAUAAAACUUUUUUGCGAGUACGACUUAUUUAACAAUUUCUUCGCCGAGAUACUUUCAGAUUUAUAAUUAUUUUAGAAUAAGAGUAUUUUUUUUACACGUUCAACUAUAUGGUGGAUGAAAGAAAUUUGUCUUAAAAAUGGGGAAUCGUCAAGGAUUCGAUCGCACAUCUCGAUGUCACGAUUAUUUAUUUACAUGUUUAAAAAAUGCACGACUACAAAAUCAUUUAAGCAACGAUGCGUCCGCUAAUUGGCUAGCCUUACGACUAAUUACUCUGCGCUUUUAACACGGUUGACAAAUAGGCGACACAGCGUUUAAUAUCGCGAAUCCAAGGCCCAGCGAGUACUAUGCUUUGAGUCAAACUAAUUUCUCAGUCAAUAGAGUCAGCAGAACUUGGAUUCCGACGGAAUAAAUCGUUUGGAAGUUCAUUUCGAAAGCUUUUCUCGCAUAGAAAACGCGGAACGAUCUAUCGCCUGCGAUUCUGCAUGGCAAAUUGAAUACAAAAAUGUAUAGUACAAUUUCUUCGCUCUUCGUUUCGAGGAAAAUCGAGGAUCGAGACGCGCGGUCCACUUUCAAAACUCGAUUUCCUUCAAAAGGAAGAGUAACAUGGAAAAAGUAUGUCGUAUAUUAUCGAUCUAGGUUUUCGUGGAGAAUCGUUUCUCGCCACGUCGAACUAAGCCCGAUCCGUAAACACGAAUUACAGAGACUUUUAAAAGCAUAUAAACAGCAGUAGCACCCAGUUAAAGCUAUGCACACGCUUCCUUCGAUUCGCUCUCGAUGAAAUUUUAAAACAUCUCGUUUAACAACAUAUUAUUCGCAAACUGUUGCUUUAUAUAUACAAUUCGUCUGUUUUUUUCAUCGAAGCAUCUUACAAAUUCUUACGAAGAUCUUACAAAAAGGAUCGAAGAGUACUUAUUAAGAAAAAGCCAUUCUUCCGUACUUAAUUUUAAGAAAUAACUUAGUAGCUGAUUAUGUGUUUCGAUCGAAACCAGAAAAUAAAGUGAAAUAAAAUGGUAAAUAAAUAGUACAUCGACGUUUCAGAAGUAGUAGGUUUAAUUGACGAAUCUCUUAAACUAUUUUGUGAACUAAACCUCAUCUUCACACUCGUUCCCCACCGCGAAAGAAUCUGUGAGGAAAUUCAACUUAGGGGUGCGAAAAUGGAGGAUUCAACCUUUAAAGUGACCCCAAGAAGAAAGAUAUACUUCUAUAUACGAAGUUGGAAACUAAAAAAUUCACGUACAGUCGAAGCACGCGUAUCCUCUGAUCUUUAAAUGCAAUUUUACUUAGCCUUAGCCUAAAUACUUGAAUAUCGUUCGAUGAAACUUGCAGUUCGAAUCAGUUCGAGUGCAGUUUAUCUAUCCGCUGAUAAAACUUGUAGCCUAAAACACAUAAUCCUUGAACUUCCUGGCUGGUCUCCAGACCACUCAGGCGAUUCUCCAUUGUCCAUAAAAUUUCCAGUCCCGAUUGGCUUCUACGAUAACUUCACGACUCGAUUAGUUUGAUAAAUUUAAAAAGUCACUCGAAAGUUCAUUAAGUUCCAUUCCAUUCGGUCCCGUUUAUCGAAUUCUAGUUUUCACAGCGUUUAAGGACUAGCC